CGUAUUUCCGCAGCCAUAUGUGCGAUUCGUAUGAACUUGACCAGAUCAAAAUCUGCUAUUAAACCUUCCAUUUAAGACUAAGCUUGUGGAAAUCGAAUAAACCGUUUUCCAAGAAGCCGAAGAGACUUUAAUUCUGAAAUAUUCCAAGAACCAGAAACAUGCGAAAUUUUCGAGAUAGACGCUGGAAUCAAAAGGACUUUGCCUGGCCAUCAGCGAUCAAGAAUGCUCCAGCAAAGCUAAAUAUAGAUCUUAUCAAUAAUGGUAUCAUCGGUACUUACCGCAGUGAGAGCCGGGAAUCCAUUAUCGAUGUCAAUUUUUGUAGCCUUGAAGUAACCGGAAAGAUGGACUGAAAAGUGUGCGAGGAUAUAUCCACAGCGACUUCCAAGCGAUCUGGUAUAGCAUUGAUUACAGGACACGGUUUGAAUAUGUGGGAGAUAUAUAAACGAAUGAAGUUGGAAAACACCGAUCUUUCACAGGAACGUGUCCGUCGAGGAACUUGAAUUUGAAGGUAUCCUCUUCAACCUAAAUGCGAAUGAGUUCACGGAACUACUAACAAGGGCGUGUAUUGCGACCAUACCAAGGAGAAACGGUCCCCGGGUGCAAUACGACGAUUAUCGAUCUACGUAUAAGUUGCCUCUGAGCUUGGAGAAGAAGUCGGAGAUCACUUCGGUUUCUCAUCUCGCUCAGUUCAGAAGCUAGAAAUCGCUCCGCUGCUAUAGCAGGGCAAGUAAUCAAAUUUACCCGCGCGACGUUUAGUCUAUUUGCAAAGGCAAAAAUUGAUUCCUUCUGCUUAAUGUGUGAAACGUGAACAAACAAUGAGUGACAAUGCAAAGCAAAAGUAUAUGACGGUGCGGGCAAACUGUGUUGCUGUUGACUACUCGAAAUGUCUGGUAAGACCAUCAAUUCGUGAAGUGGAGCAAAUGUUGAAGGUGAACUUGAAGUUCAACGUAGCUUGCGGUACUCUAUGCGGUGUUAUUCCACCAUUUAUGUCAUGCGGUACUGAUUAUGUUAAAAAACAUUAGUCAAGCAGAAUCAUUCGCUUCCCAGAACAACAUGAAACACGUCAUCGAAUGUAAUGACAUUUUAUACAGUAUACCAACGUAUAUAGAUGUUGACAGCAUUGAAAUAAAUAUACAUGACCUGGCACCACGUACUAGUUCCUCCGCUAUCAAACAAAUCAUGUCAAAAUACGGAGAAGUGAAUAGUGUUAAGGAGGAUACUUGGAGGAACUUCUUCCCAAGACUCCGCAACGGCGUUCGUGUGGUGAGAAUGCGUCCGACAAAACCUAUUCCCUCUUACUUGACUUUCACAUGCAAAUCACCUCAUGAUGUUGAAUAUUCUCAACGAACACUAGUCACGCGCCUGUCAAUAUUGUGAUCAUCCGCUACACCACGGGAAACCUUGCGCAGAGACUGCUAAAGAAAUUCCACCUGAUACGACCAAAGCCGGUAUACAAUCAUCGUAUGUUAAACCACAACCAGUUGGUAAACCAAAUACUGCAGACCGGGUAUUCACAAACACCAGUUCAACAACGAUCGGCUCCAGUACCACUAAACCAACUGCCAUUAACAACAUCGAAGUAACAACGAUUACAGCAAAUGUUUCCAAACCAACAACCAACACCACCAACAAAGAAUCUAAUACCGAUGAAGAAGGAUUUACAAUAGCGACCCGUAAGCACAAACAACAAAUAAGAACAUCCAACGAUGAGCAAGAUGAAUGCAGUACCGCUAACGACAUGGUCGUAAACGAAAACGCAAGAGAAGACGGACCAAAUGAGCCCAAAGGUGCGCUCCACGGCUCAGAACCGCUCUCAACAAAGCAGUCAAGCUGAACAAGAAAGCAUUGCCACAAAGCCAACGCGAAUUUCCUUAGGAGACACCUACAAAGUUGGCAUAACAAAGAUAAAAGGCUCAGCUGCACCACCUGAAAGGUGCCCGGAGAAGAUGGAGGUCACCAUCGAAAGGUUUUCCCCACAACAUGAAGCUAUUUUCGCCGUACAGUGGGGAGGAUGAUCACAAAGAUGAAGAUCGAUUUACCAACAAACAGCUGAUCAGAUCGUAUCAAUCACUCGGUGUGAUCGGUUGUAUUUUUCUUAUCGCUGUGGUUCUGCGAUUCCCCGAAAAAGCAAGGUCACGCUAUCGGGUUCUUUUUUUUUUUUCGUUCGAGCUCAGCCACCCGGACUUUAUCAGCUCGGCCCCAGCCAUCCGGCAUAUAUCGUCUACCUAAUCCAAGUGAUAGUUUUACGCGAGUGUAGUAUCCCGUCACACAGUUAGUAGUGCGAAAAACAAGUGAUCCGGAUCUCACUUCCUGGCGGGCCCCCGCCAACCGGAGGGACGGCCAAGCCGCCAAAGGGCUGCCUCCCACCGAAAUAUACCAAAAACCAAAGCGUACUACGACAUUUCUGUGAAAAAAAUGUGUAGUGAUAACAGUGGCAAGUAUCAGGAGCGCAGACUUUAAAAUCGCGCCUCCAUCACCAAGAAAAUUUAAAACUGAUAAAAAACUUGCGCCCCCAUCAAAAGUGCGAACCGUGAGCGACUUGUGAUCCAUACGAGAGUGUAGUGACGAACCUCAAACGAGUUUGGUUAAGUCCUCGGACAGUUCAAUCCCGGCCUUCCCUGAUUCUUCCGUGUAAACCUGCACUGCACCUCUUCACCGGGAAAGCAAACCAGACUAGAGUGGGCGAUGGAAGGCGAUCCGCCUCCCCCAGGGGAGGGCCCACCGCUUAGUCACUCCAUACCAGCCUUUAUGAACUCUGGUGAUUUGAUCGACCAGCAGACUCUACUGUUGCGUGCGGCGAAGGACAGUGAAGGUAACAGUGUAAAUUUACCAAACCCAUUGCUGUUACAUCUACUACUGAAAGAAGCAAUUGGGUCUGAUCCUAAUAAGUGCAUCCAUGCUACCAAGGAGGCAAGAGGAACGCAGUACAUUCUGCGCACUACAUCCAAAAGGAUAUUCCAAAAAUUGCUCAGCAUUAAACAGCUCUCCAACGGUCAACAGGUUGAGGUGAUCCUCCAUCCUCACCUGAAUAAAACCCAGGGAAUAAUUUAUGACCUUGACACAAUCAAUAUUCCCACUGAAGAAAUUCUCUCUGCGCUCAGACCCCAAAAUGUGGUGGAAAUUAGAAGAAUAACCAAGGUGACCAAAGGUAUGCCGACUAACACACCACUGUUAGUACUCUCAUUUGCUGGGUCUCACCUGCCGGAAACGAUCUUCCUAGGCUUGGUUAGAGUAAGAGUGAGGAAAUAUUACCCUUCUCCCAUGCAGUGCUUCCGCUGCGGGCGCUUUGCACACGGAAGUAAAACAUGUGUGUAUAAGGAGAUAUGUCUAAACUGCGGCACAGAACACGAAACCAGUAACGAAAACCCAUGCACCAAACCUAGCAAUUGCACUAACUGCAAAGACAGCCACUCCGCCAGAGACAAAUCCUGCCCUGUUUAUCAAAAAGAGUAUCAGGUGGUUAAAAUCAAAACUGACAAUGGACUCUCAUUCCCGGAAGCCCGAGCCCUUGUCAAUCAGGAGUCAAGAAAACAAUCGUACGCAGCUACACUAAAAGAUAGACUAUCCCCUGGAAAUGACGAAAAAGAUCGCACCAUACAGAUACUUAGGGAGGAAAUUGCACAAUUAAGAGGACUGACACCCAAGAAAACGGAGACUGAUAGCAAAGAUUUGAUAAUCGCUAAAUUAAAGGAGCAGCUAUUGGACGAGAAAAUACAAAAUAAAGAUUUGCGCAAUGAAAUGGCGGCCCUCCGCCAUGCUUUUACGGCACUGAGAAGGCAGGUGCUACCAAGGACCCCCUCAACCGGCCCCGGCACCAGCACAUCCCAAACGACGACGACAAAACCGGCAACAGGAUUCUUAGCUCCACAAGCUACGGCUGUGAAACAAAACACGCCAACAAGCUUAACACAAUCAGAAGGCGAAUCAAAUCGACCAAGCCGAAGCAAAUCGAAAAAGGAACGAGAUCAACAACAUCAAGAAAAAUCGAGGAGCCCCCUUCUGAAACAGAGCCAACAAAAACCAUCCGAAUUCGCAUCAGCAAAAGAAAUCCCGACAAAACAACUCUCCAAUCCCCAACCGCACAACGUUAAGAGGCCAAUAAACCAAAGUGGUGACCCAGCCACCUACAUUUCGGACUAA